AUGAGAAACGUGUACAAAACCUUGGCCAGCCAGUAUGACCCACUGGGGUAUAUCAUCCCAUUUACCACCCGGGCCAAGGUUCUCAUCCAAGACCUCUGGAAGCGGAAUUUGGGCUGGGACGAUCCGAUAACACCUCUACAGUUAAGAGAGAAGUGGCUAUCAUGGAUAAGAGAGAUUCCUAACCUCCUACAGCUGCAAUUUCCUCGGCCUUAUGCACCAGCCUGUGCUGAUAACCCUAGUGUCAUCCGGGAACUCCACAUCUUUUGCGAUGCGUCAGAAAGAGCAUACGGCUCAGUGGCCUAUUUGCGCACUACUGAUGAUCAAGGCCACGUCCAUAUCACUUUCAUUUUGGCCAGAUCCAGAGUGGCUCCCAGAAAAUGUCUCUCCAUGCCUCGUUUGGAACUGAGUGCAGCCCUGACCGGCGCUCAGUUAGCCAAAGUGAUCCAGACUGAGUUGUAUCUUAACAUCCAUACAGUCAUCCUCUGGUCUGACUCAACAACCGUGCUGAACUGGCUGACAUCUGAGUCCUGUCGCUACAAGGUAUUUGUGGGGACACGUGUAGCAGAAAUCCAGACCCUCACAGACAAAGCUGAAUGGCGGUACAUUGAUUCAGCUCACAACCCUGCUGACCACAUCACAAGAGGUCUGACACUGACCCAGCUAGCAAGUCCCCACCAGUGGAGUUCAGGACCAGACUUCCUCCUUCAACCUUCUGAACAGUGGCCACCUACACCCGUAAUUAAGGUAGAACCAGAGGUCAGUGAGUUGAGGAAAACUGCAUUCAUCGGCACUGUCACAGUCUCCAGUCAUUCACUUCUGGACCCCAAUCAAUUCCACACAUGGCUAGAGCUUGUUCAGGCCACUGUCAGGUCCCUUCACGGGGCGGCUGCCACAGACAGUGACUCUUCCCCGCAAGCUGACGAUUACGUAGAAGCAGAGAAACUUAUCCUGGCUCAAGCUCAACAGGACUCAUUCCCACUAGAAAUCCAAGCUCUGAAGACUGGACAGCCGAUUCCAGCUAACAGCCGUUUGGCAUCCCUUGCACCAGAGUAUGAUAAGGACACAGGUCUCAUCAGAGUAGGGGGGCGAUUACGUCGAGCAACUAACCUUGACUUAGAUGCCAUUCACCCGAUUGUGUUGGAUCCUAGCCAUUCUACAACUAAGCUGUUAAUCAAAGAGACAGACUGUAGACUUCUUCAUCCUGGUUCUGAAAGGGUGCUAGCAGAAUUACGUCGUCAGUUUUGGAUACUUCGGGGCAGAGAAGCCAUCCGUAAGCAUCAGCGCAAAUGUCAAGAUUGUCAGUUCUGGCGAGCUAAGCCUGAAGUCCCCCAAAUGGCCGAUCUUCCAUCCUGCAGGCUGCAACUUCACCAACCGCCAUUCUAUUCUACUGGGGUAGAUUGUUUUGGCCCCUUUUCAAUCAAAGUUGGUCGUCGCCAUGAAAAAAGAUGGGGCAUCCUCUAUAAAUGUAUGACCACCCGAUGUGUGCACCUUGACCUGUUGGAACACCUUGACACUGAUGCAUUCCUGCUCUCUCUGCGUCGGUUUAUAGCACGACGAGGUAAGCCCAUGGAAUUGCUCUGCGACAAUGGUACCAACUUCGUAGGAGGAGAUCGAGAACUACGUGAGACCUUCAAUGUCAUGGCCCCCAAGCUUCAAGAGCUGCUUGCUCCACAGACGAUCAGAUUCCACUACAUUCCACCUAAUGCUCCUCAUUUCGGAGGAACUUGGGAGCGUGAAGUCAAGUCUGUAAAGACUGCACUACGUGUCAUUCUACGAGAGCAAACGGUGCCAGAGCCAGUGCUGCAGACCUUGUUAGUGGAAGUCGAGGGCAUUCUAAAUGCCAAGCCUCUUGGCUACGUAUCUUCUGAUGUCGCAGACGUGGACCCAGUCACUCCGAACCUACUCCUUAUGGGCCGUCGCGAUGCCUCCCUACCUCAAGUCUUAUUUGACUCUACCAACCUGCUCGGAAGACGCAGAUGGAGACACAGCCAGGUGUUGGCGGAUCAUUUCUGGACUGCCUUCAUCCGAGAUUACCUCCCAAGUUUGCAGAAUCGGCAUAAGUGGAGAAAGGAUGGCCGAGAGCUGACUAUGGGCCAAGUGGUUCUCAUUGUUGACCCCCAACUUCCUCGUGCCCUCUGGCCUGUAGGCACAGUGACUGAGACGUUGGCUGGACCUGAUGGAAAAAUUCGCACUGCUCGGGUCAGAGUUCAUGAGAAAUCCUACACUCGCCCAGUUGUUAGGUUGAUUCCACUUCCUCACUUUGAGGAAGAGCCUAAGACACUGUAGACAGACUUUCUUGAUGUUUACAAUUAUCCAGUCAGAUAAUUGGGGGCGGCUGUGUACGAAAGCCUGUCCUAGGGACCAGAGUUGUUAUCAACACGGACUGAUGUACUGUGUGACACACAAAGGACGGUUUGGUGAACGCUCAUUUCUGCACAAUUGCUUUGUUCUGUAUAAUGCGUUUAUGCCUUGAUACCAUUAAUACAGAUGUCAGUGCCAAAGAAUGACUAGUGCCGAUGACAACCCAAAG